UCAACACUUGAUCAGAUGGUAGUGUCAAGGAGGUUUUCCGUUGACUGAUUCGGCAAUGUAGACUAUUACAUGAACGCAAAGGGAAUGUUACCAACAGUGCUCAGGUGUUUCGUCUUCCAGUGCCAUAUUGCAAGAGGAGGACAAGUCCAGACUGGCUGUGAGAAAUUGGAUACCUGCAUGCUAAAAACAGAUCAGUAGUCUGACAGAAGACUUUGUUCAGCUAGCUAAUCCUACUUAAUGUUACUAGCCACAGGAUGGCAAUGCCUGUAUGUUUCUGUGCUAAAUCCACACUUAAUUUUCGAGUUGGGUUUUGUCGUGUACGGUUUCAAUGACCUGAGUGUGGAGUAUUGUUCUUUUCUUUGAAGCCUUGUUACUUCAUACGUAUGAUUUGGUACUUCUAACCUUCGUGUCUCAAGGAUAACACCAUGCCCAUUUUAAAGGUGGGCUGACCAUUAACUUAGGUAAACUAGAGAGUCGUGUUUAUCUGUCAUAUGGGCAGUUGUACUAAACUGGGUGCAGGGAACAUGCGGCAGUAACUAGCAGUUCCUUUUCAAAAGGUCCAUCAGAAUAAUGAAAGUCACCCCCGCGAAAAAGAAGCCAUGUUCCCACAAGAGAAAUGGGAUAACAGGCCGCAAAGACAAUCUUGAAGUGCUUGUGAAGUUAGAACGCUUGCCUCAAGUAGAUGAACUUGUCAAGUGCGAAACCAAACGCCCUGGCUACAUAGAGGCUAGUGCUGUCGGUAGCCUUUCCGACAGUGUCCAAAUUAAAGAGGAGCCAAGUCACGAUGAAACGCAGUCAAUCAAAGAAGAGGCUACAUCUGCAGAGCCCUGUCCUUCGGAAGUUGUCGUUCCCAAGCUAGAACCGGGCUGUGAGACGUGGGCUAUGCAAAUAAAAUCAGAGCCAGAAUCUGACUUCGAGAUCUCGCCGUCAGGAGAGGAAGAUCUAAGCCCUGUUAAGCGAGAGGAUGAAGACAUCAAGCUGGAGGCAUCUGAGGAUGAUGGAGCCUCGGAUACAGUCCACUCUGGUCAGUUCUUCCCAUGUCCACACUGCUCCAUGUCCUUCACUGACUGCUCCUACCUGGACAAGCACUUGAAGUGGACCCAUCAGCUGGAGUACCACGCCCUCCUGGAGAAGCAGGCCGCCGAGGAGCCCGAGGGCCUCCGCCAGAUGGUCCAGUGCCCCAACUGCAGCAGCCGCUUCUUCACCCUGCGCCAGCUCCAGGCCCACGAGCGCCAGGCGCACCCCAAGCCGCUGGCGCAGCCGCCCCGCAAGCGCCACACCUGCCCGCAGUGCGCCCGCUCCUUCCACUACCUGGCCAGCCUCCAGAAGCACUGCCGCCGCUGGCACCGGCUGCAGACGGUCAGCAGCGACGGGCAGCUGAGCUGCGCCCGCUGCGGGGAGAGCUUCGCCGGGACGUGGGGCCAGGGGCCGCACCGCUGCCAGCCGCCGGGGGCCCCGGCCGAGCCGAAAGAGGAAGCGGACGGCACGACGGCGGACGGCGAGGGUCCGGCCGCCAGGAGCCCCGAAUGCAAGGAGCUGCUCUUUCGCUGCCCCAGCUGCGGCAAGGGCUACCGGACGAUGCAGAGCAUGCGCGUGCACGCCCGCUCGCACACCGGCGAGCGGCCGUGCGUGUGCUCGGACUGCGGCCGGCGCUUCGCCGACAGCAGCAGCCUGCACAAGCACGCGCGCAUCCACACGGGCGCGCGGCCCUUCGCCUGCCCGCACUGCGCCAAGCGCUUCGGGCGCAUGACGCACCUCAACUCGCACCUGCUCACGCACACGGGCCUCAAGCCCUUCCCGUGCGCCCAGUGCGGCCACAGCUUCAGCCACCGCACCGAGCUGCGCAACCACCUGCGCAGCCACUCGGGCGAGAAGCCCUUCCGCUGCGCCGACUGCGGCAAGGGCUUCGCCGUCAUGGGCAACCUGCGCGUGCACCAGCGCACGCACAGCCAGGAGAAGACGCACCAGUGCGGCGAGUGCGGCCGGCAGUUCGCCGACGCCAGCGUGCUCAAGAAGCACCUGCGCGUGCACACGGGCGAGCGGCCGUACCACUGCACGGCGUGCGGCAAGCGCUUCACGCGCGUGGCCCACCUGAAGAACCACCAGCGCACGCACACCGGCGAGCGGCCGUACGCCUGUGGCGAGUGCGGCAAGAGCUUCGCGCAGUCGGGCGACCUCACCAAGCACCGGCGCACGCACACCGGCGAGAAGCCGUACGCGUGCCCCGACUGCCCGCGCCGCUACAACAACUCGGGCGACCUGGGCAAGCACCGGCGCAGCCACACGGGCCUCCGGCCCUACACGUGCCAGGAGUGCGGCAAGGGCUUCCUCAUGGUGCACCACCUCAAGACCCACAUGCGCACGCACACCGGCGAGAGGCCUUACCUGUGCCCGCACUGCCCGCUCACCUUCAGCCGGGCACACCACCUGAGCGGGCACGUCCGCAAGAGCCACUGAGAGGGAUGAGUGGCCGGCCGAGAGCAGCGGGUAUCAUGAUGUUACGGACACUCAAGGACCGAAGAAUAAUAAUAAAAUAUAAAAAAUUGCAUCUUUGGACAGAUUCAAGACUGUGUUAAUUAAAUGCACCCUUCAUUAGCUUAUGACACUGAUAUCACUGAAUAUCAAAAUAUAUAUAUUGCGCUUUGGAAAUAAAGGUAAACAACAUUGACCAUUAGUCCAUGAAGUGAUUACAGACUAGAUUGCUGAUUAGCAGUUUGACAGUCCGUUACUGACCGUCCAUUGCAGUUGUUUUUUAGUAGUCGGGCAGCGGUGGCUUAGCAUGUAGAGGAGGAGUCCAGUAGCUGGAAGGUCGCUGGUUUCAACCCUACUCCCCCCCCACUGUAAAAGUGUCCUUAAGGAAGACACUGAACUCCAAACUGCUCCCGAUGUACUGGUUGGCCAUGCCUGGCAUGGCAGCCUCUGCCGUCAGUGUAUGAGUGUGUGUGUGUGUGUGUGUGUGUGUGUGUGUGUGAAUGGGUUAAUGCAAGACAUUGUAAAGCGCUUUGAGUGCUUUGAGUAGGUGUAGAAAAGCGCUAUAUAAAUGCAGUCAAUUUACCACUCUGUGUCCUGUCUGACCACAGAUGUAAUAGGCCUUUUCUAUUCCACUGACAAUGGAGGGUGAGAUUUUGGUGGGAUGCCUGUAUCGAUUAUCGACAAUGAAAUGCUUAAAAAAAAAGUGGAAUGAAAAUGAAAGUUUACAAUGAUUUACAAUGCAGUUAGGUAAACUAAGUAGAUUAGGGUUGAGGUCAACUUCCUCACCUUUUUGGUGUUGCUUUUUAUGCCCAUCGCUGCAUGACAGUGAUCACUUCGAAUACCAAAGUAUUGAUUGUUUUAAAAUAUCACAUUUGGAGAUGAUUGUUAAUUUGCCACAUAGCAAGAUAUUUCAGUCAUCCUAGUGAUCAACUGUCAUUUCAUAUACCGUUCACAUGACUAAAUCCUCCUAAUUAAUAUUGAGAUAUGACAUCCAAGGCUUUGAUUACAGUGUGCAUCAUAUAGCAGUACAUAUAUAUCCAAAUGAUGUGUAAUUUAUUCCUAAAAGGUUGGGGUGGAGAGAGAAGUGAUGGCUGUUGAUUCAUUAAUUAUUUUUUAUUGUAUCUAUGGUUAUGAAAUUAAUAAAUAUGAAAGGCUGGAAA